AUGAAGAGGCGUGACUUGAUCCAAGAUGCCGAAGAGCAGAGCAACCUCCUCGAGGUGGCUAUCGCGGACUGCGAAGAAGUCGAGCCGGAGGAGAAGCACGUUCUGUCCAAGACCAAACGCCCCGUGACCGGAUGGGCCAGGCCGUGGUUCGGGUGGCUGUUCGCCUACGCCGUCGUGCUGCUCUUCUUCUCCAUCUACCGGUUCAAGACGCUCGACGCUCUGAUCACGAUGUACGGCACCUCCGCCGACUGCACUCUCGAAGUCAAGGCUAGUGUACUCGCACUCGGGCUACUUGAAGACUGCGUGUGCGCCACGUACUUCGUCUGCGCGCUGUGGUUGUUCGACAUCGUCAAGCAAGCAGCCAGCGAGCAGUGCCGACACCAGGGUGGCAGACAGCACGCGGACUUCGUGAAGCGGAAGCGCAUCGCCCGCCUGGUCAGCAAGAUCGCAACGUUCUUGGUAUCGUGGACUCUCUUCGUGCUCAUGAUGGGGCCGUUUGUCUCCGACAUGCUCCUCGUCCGCCUCCGCGAGCUGCGGUUCACAGUCGAGAUCUUCAUCUUGGCCUACAACAACAUCCAGUACAUCAGCGCGGCCCCGAUAUCGGCCGAGGAGUUCCACGAGGGCUACCUCCACGGAGCUAUCAUGGUCAUCGUCGCUGCGUUCUUUGCUACGGUGCGCGCGAGAGCUCGUUGGGCCGACGUAGCGAGCUGGAACCCCACACACUUGGUGGUCAACUUCGCCGUGUCACGAGGAAUUGCGUCCGGAGACCGAUCUGCAUACGACAAACUUGCUAAGGAAGAAGUCCCUGACUGCUCGGAUGUGGCCAAGUCGCUGGACGCAAGCUUCGACAACGAACCCGACGUCUACCUGCGACUGUCACAGACUGGCGUAGUGAUCACGGCGCUGAUCGUCUUCCCCAUGUUCGUGCUGGGAAUUAGCAGCUCGUGCUCGGCUCUCGUCGCGUACUCGGCUCUGAACGCAGCUCUCGACCAGCUAUUCACUCAAGCCUUGGUACCCGCACCGGAAGUGAUCACUCGGCAGGAGUUCGACUCAAAAUUCCUCGAGGCGUGGGCGGAAACGUACAUCCAUUAUCAGACCGAGGACCACGAGCUAUUCGACGCCAAUUCGCUCUACCGACUCACCAAGGGCUUCCGCGGAGAGCUCGCCUUCGACGUGGACAUCGACCCGGAGAACCCUCCCAACGUCAUCUUCUUCUCGGUUGAGUCCUUCCGGCACCACGACUCGCGCUACAUCGUCGGAGAGGAGGACCCGUCCAACCUGUUCAACGGGUCCAACAUCACAGUCACGCCGAACUUCGACCGCUGGGCCAAGCGCGGCGUGAGUUUCCGCAACAUGUGGUCGAGCAGCCCCUCGAGCCGCUCGCUGGAGAGCGUCCUGUUCGCGCAGGUCCCGUACGACAACGUGGCCAAGACCGGGAUCGCAGGGGGCAGGAACGACACGAAACUCUUCGGAGUCCCGCACCUCUUCUCGGCCAAGGGGUACGAGACGUACUUCCACACGGGCUCCCUGCUCAACUACGAUAGCUGGGACGAGUUCCUCCCCACGCACGGGUUCGACACGGUGUUCAGCUGCUACGACGUCAUGACCUUGGCCGAGCGCGACUACGGCUUCACCCACGACCAAUGGUACAACGAGGAGAAGCGCAGCUACCCGUGGGGUGUCCACGACGACGUCAACUUCCUGCUUCUCGGCGACCUCAUGAUCAAUCGGACCAGGGAGCAGCGCGAGCGUUUGGCUCGGGGCGAGCCCAAGAAGCCCAUGUUCCUCAUGGAGUACAGCACCUCGAGCCACGAGCCGUUCUACGCGCGUCCAACCUGGUACGACGAGGCCGAGAAGCCCGACUUCUCCCCACUCUACGAAGGCCUCGAUCGCGCCGACAAGGUCAAAGACUACCUCGAGAUGCGCUACUUCACCGACGUGGAGCUGGGCAAGUUCAUGGACCGAAUGGAGGCCGAGGGGGUCCUGAACGACACCAUCGUCGUCAUCUUCGGCGACCACGGACGCGGACCCGAGGUCUACAACAGCGACCUGCGGGACGUGUCGGUCACGCGCGUGCCCACGACGAUCAUCGCCGAGGGGCGACUCGGGGAUUCCGUGGGGCUCAUGAUCGACGACGUCGCGGAGCACUACGACUUCCUCAACACUCUGGCCGACAUCACGGGCGUGCCCGAGGGCGGCUUCGUGCAGGACGGCGUCGGUCGGUCGCUCAAGCGCAAGGUCCCGUUCGGCCAGCACGUCGUGUUCAGCAACAACCCGGCGCGCAAGAUGUCGGUCGUGCGCGGCCACCAGCGACUGCAGUACGACAGGGUGAGCGACUCGCUGCUGCUGCACCACAUUGACGCCGACCACGACAUGCAAGUGGAUCUGUUCCCGAAUCUCACGACGGACGAGCAGAUGGAGUGGCUCGCGUGGAGAGACAUCGGCCGAGACAUCAGCCGCUACUACUUACAGCGGUGGGAUGGCAAAUGUCUGCUUGCAGUCAACUGCAACGAACAAUAA